AUGCCUUCCAACUCGAAUCCGCAGCUUCAAAUGCCGGGGUUUAAUAUAGAUUUGAACUGUGCGCCCAAUCCAAAUAUUUUCGGUAUGGGAAUCAAUGGGUUUCGGAAUAGUCUGGAUAAGGAUCACCAUGCAUUUGGCUGCAUGUAUGACCUGAUUACUCACCGAGAGAUUCUCAUGAUGCGUGUCAUGAAUAUGAUUACGGAUGAGCCCGGAUGGGAUCAAAAGGUCUUCGAUGAGGAUGACACGGCUGAAUUGCGGAAUAAAAUCUUCCGCCUUGGACAGUACGUGACUCCGAAGAUGAUGGAUUGGAUUAUCAAAGAGCUUCGAUGGAAAGCCGGCGUCUUCAAAGAGAAAGGCCUUGUCCAUGUAUUUGAUGUGGGUGUGAUUAAGUCCGAUACCGCCGUGUCAAAAGAACUACAGCAGGCAUUAAAAGAGGCCUUGCAGCCUCUCGAGAACAUUCCAGAGGGCCAGAAAGACUAUCACCCGGGAUCUGACAACAAGAUGGUCAAUUAUGUGGGACAGGGAGACUUGAUCCCCGUUCCCUCCAGCGAGAACUGCCGUCCGCUCAAUAAAUACAACGAACGCCACCCUCGCAUCCCGGAGAUUCCAGUCUUCAGCGAAAAGUUCCAAUCGCUCCCGUGUGAUGUGGAACUCACUCAUGACGCCGGCUGCAGAAUUGUCUCGUAUAUCAACAAUGUCCAUCCCAUCGACCAUAAAGGGCUAUAUGACGUGGUUGAGAAGAUCAUCGCCCGUGCAAUUCCACUCUGGGAUCAGAGCUUAACAGAAUUCUGUAGCAACAGAAUAAAUUACCGGGAUGUCAAAUUCGGUGAGCAUACGCAGCCUGAACCGACUUGGCCUGAGAAAGACAACAAAGAUGAGCAAUACGAGGCUGAACAGAGGUUCUGGGAACACAAAUGGCAGUGGGAAAUUACCCAUCCUAUUCUACUCCCUGAACCGCAAGAAUUCACUUUCCCUGGACAAUGGCGCAGGGUCAAUCUACGGAAUCAAUUCCCCAAAACGAAGCUGCAGGUCAUUGUGAAGUUGACCAACAUCGAAUUGGCCACUAACAACCCCGAGUAUGAAGGGGGAUCAUGGCACCUCGAGGGACAGCAAAACGAGCGUAUUUGUGCCACCGCGAUCUACUACUACGACAGCGAGAACAUCACCGAGGGGACUCAAUGUUUCCGUCAACAUGGAAUGGACAACAUGAUAAACAUCAACUACCUUCAUGGGCGGGACCAGUUCCUACAAGCGGUGUACGGCUUUGGCGAUGACGUCCGGGGCAGUGGCAACACUAAUGUCACACAAGACCUUGGCGGAGUCAUCUGCCAGGAAGGCCGACUCCUCACGUUCCCUAACACCGUCCAGAACCGAGUUUCCCCGUUCUCGCUGGCCGACCGAUCCAAGCCCGGCCACCGUAAGAUCCUCGCGUUAUUUCUAGUAGAUCCUCAUCGGCGGGUUAUCUCCUCUGCCAAUGUGCCUCCGCAGAGGGAGGACUGGGGUGGUCAGAGGCAGCAGGCUGUGAAUCACGUGCUGUCAAGACUACCGUUGGAAUUGCAGUACAUUGUUCAGAGCUAUAUUGACCCCCUAAUGACCAUAAACGAGGCUAAGGCGCACAGGUUGGAGCUUAUGAAAGACCACGGGCUCAAAUCGGAGAGACUCAACCAAAAUUUUGAGACGGGCAACUUCCGCCUCCAGUAG